GGCAGGGGCUGAGCGGGGCCGGGGAGCCGCCGCCGCCCGCCGCCGGGCGGAGGGGAUGCGCCGGCAGCCGGGGCCGCCCGAGCGGGCCGGCCGUGCCGCCGAGUGAGGCGAGAGCCGCCGCGGGCCGGGCUGCGGCAGCGGCGCUGGAGGCCCGGGAGUGCCAACUUUAUAUGGCUCACAUCUGACAACAUGCACCACCAGUGGCUGCUGCUAGCUGCAUGCUUUUGGGUGAUAUUCAUGUUCAUGGUUGCUAGCAAGUUUAUCACAUUGACUUUUAAAGACCCAGAUGGCUAUGGUACCAAGCAAGAGCCAUUGAUAUUGACAGCUGUGACAAAAGUGGAGGAGGUACAUGUGCCAGAGGAAAAACAUUGGCCUGAAGAAUUCCAGCCAACUGGAAAAGCUUUUUCAGGAAAUCUGAUCCGCCAGCCCCUGGUUCAUAUGGAAAGACUUGAGCUUCUCAGGAAUGUCUGCAGAGACGCUGCAUUGAGAGAUCUCUCUCAUACUGCAGUUUCCAAAUUUGUCUUGGACCGAAUAUUUGUGUGUGACAAGCACAAGAUCCUGUUUUGUCAGACACCAAAAGUGGGCAACACUCAGUGGAAAAAAGUUUUGAUCGUUUUAAAUGGAGCAUUUUCUUCCAUAGAAGAUAUCCCAGAAAACAUUGUACAUGAUCAUGAGAAGAAUGGCCUUCCACGCUUGUCCUCCUUCAGUGACUCUGAAAUUAAAAAACGACUGAAUUUAUACUUCAAGUUUUUUAUUGUUAGAGAUCCAUUUGAAAGACUUAUUUCUGCGUUUAAGGACAAGUUUGUGCACAAUCCUCGGUUUGAACCUUGGUACCGGCAUGAAAUUGCUCCCGGCAUCAUUCGUAAGUACAGGAAGAAUCGCACAGAGACCAAAGGGCUGCAGUUCGAGGAUUUUGUGCGCUACCUGGGGGACCCUAAUCACCGAUGGCUGGAUGUUCAGUUUGGUGACCACAUCAUUCACUGGGUAACAUACGUGGAACUUUGUGCUCCCUGUGAAAUCACAUACAGUGUGAUCGGACACCACGAAACCCUGGAGGACGAUGCUCCGUAUAUCUUGAAAGCAGCUGGCAUAGACCACUUGGUAUCAUACCCCACAAUCCCACCAGGCAUAACAGUGUACAACAGAACAAAAGUAGAGCGGUAUUUUUCAGGAAUUAGCAAGAGAGACAUAAGACGCCUCUAUGCACGAUUUGAAGGCGAUUUUAAACUCUUUGGUUAUCGUGAGCCUGAUUUCUUGCUUAACUGACACCUGGGAUAAGAUCUGAAAAAGUGUCUCAUGGAUUAAUCUAAUCCUGUGUGAAUACCAGCUGCAACACUGGCAGAGCUGAGAAUGACCAUUUGUUUUCUAGCUUUUUGAUGUUGUUCCACUUUUCAGUGAAAUAUUUGUCAUAUGAACAAGUAGGGGCUUAUAGUUGUUAUUUCCUGACCAUGUUUUCAGUACAUUAUUGCAAUCUGUUAGGAAUUAUGUCUCUGUUAUCUAAAAUACAGAAUUUGACUUCUCCCCUCUUCCCUCCAGGAAAAAAGAGGGAGAACAAAUGGGCUAUGAUCUUCCCCUCCUCCCAGACAGAAUGCCAUUUUUGAAAUACUGUGAAGUAUUUGUAAAGAUGGCAGUUUCACUGUAGGUUAACCCUGACAUGUGGGUAAACAUAAUGAUUCCUGCUUAUGAGAAAGUCAUGUAGUCUCCCAUGAACUUUGUAAAUGAGGCCAGUACAAGACUAGAAAUUAAUUAAAUGCUUGACAAAUAUAACCAUCUAGGUUCUGUCAUGUGACUGCUACAAUAACGCUGAUCUAAUCCCAUUCUUGUUUGUCCAAAAAUGAACUUAAUUAGACAGAAGCUUUUAGGGAUGUAAGAAAAUGAACUGGCUCCACAUCCCAAUUGUGUCUGUAUUUUUGUCAAGUGUUUACUGUAUUUACUACUGGUGUAUUGAGCCUCAUAAUUCUACUUUUGAUUUUCAAGAGAUUAUUUGACUCCUGGCUAUGUAAGUUAUGUGAGACCACCAGCUGCAAGUGGAGCAUAGAAGAAAUAUGAAAUUGCUAAGAAAACUGUUAAGGAAAAUUAAUCUAAAGUAUGAGUUGUAUUUGUGGGAGCAGAUAUAAUAAUCACAAGAUGCUCUCACGCAAUUUAACUUGUCUUUUCUUCUAACAGUUAAGAUUAAUAAAGAAGGUACAAAAGCAAGAUGUCAUAUUAAAGAGCUGCUUACUUGGAUUAAAGAUCCACCUUUUUCUUAUAUCCGGCCUUGCCCAGUUCAGUACCUCAGAGAACAGAGAGUUUGUUCCCUCUGAAAAUUCAUCUCCCUACUGCUAAAGGAGAGAAGGAGACAAGAUGAAUCCCCGAUUUUUCCAGUGAUUUACUGCCAUGAUGUCUCAAGUCAAAAGUUACUAACAUUUAUGUUGCUGAUGUGGUAAAUUGGCUAUUUGUCAAAAGUUUAAAUGUCACCUAAAUUUGUGUACCCAUUUUAUGCAUUAAAAAAAAUAACUGAAUUGAGUGGAUGCAGCCAUCAUAUUUGCUUGUGCUUGUAUUAUGUCUUAUAAAGAGCAGUCUCUUGUCUGAGUUCACCAGCAAUAAAAAUCAGCGUGCUGCCAGAAGACAGAUAGACCAAAUAUCUGAAAUAGAGGAAUUGUUCUGUCACAGUGAGCAUGUGAACUGGAUUUUUUAAAUCAUAGUCCCAAAAGAUUUAUUUUCAGAUCAGCAUAAUGUUGCUGGCUAGAAAUGCUAAUGGAAUCUGAGUGCUAUGGAAUCUGCUUUUAAAUCCAGCCACUGUGUGUUUUUGAUAGCAUUCUGUAUUAACACAAGGAAGCAUCUUGCACUUGUGUAAAAGGAAAGCUGUGCCAAGCUGACAUGUGCUGCUACCCACAAACGGGAAGCCCUGUUGUAGGUGGAAAUUAUUUCAGAAAGAUCUCAACAGAUGAACUGAAAUAAAAGAAAAUCAUUAACUGAGCAUUGUUAGCAAGAGAAUGAUCCAGGGUGGCAAAGUUGGAAGGUAGGAUAUUUUUUCAAGUUGGUUUGUUUUGGUUUUUUUAACAACAAUUACAGUGCCCUAACUUGUUAGCUCUUAACCAAUUAUAAGAAGAUGUUAACAGCUCCAGGUUUUUCUGUGGUUUUCUUAAUAUGGAAACUUAGCAAAAUGCACUGAGAAAGGCAUUUUGGAGCUAAUAACCUGAUUGAUUACCUUGCUGCCAAUUUGAAAUGUAACAGUGAAUAAUGUGUAGUAAAUUGAGGCCUUAAAGUUUAAUAAAGUAGAAUUGUUUUCCUCUGAAAGUAUAAGCUACUGAUCGCACAGAAGGCCAAUGUAUGUUUUUCUUUUUCUUGGUAAGUUACUUAAUGUAUUGCCUGCUUAAAAAUUGCCAGAUGAAAAGUGCUACAUAAAUAUUAAGUAAUAAUAUUUUCUUCUGAUAACUUUCUCUGCAUUGAGUUCUUAGCUCUGAACAGAGUUAUGGACUGACCUAGGCAGAGGUGUAUAAUCUUGUCCCAACUCUGUGUUCCCAUGCUUUUCAGGCUGGAACUGGAAUGCAUGUUACCAUUUCUUCAAUUCAAAUGAAGCUUCUCCUUUCAGUUAUAUGUUCCUGAGCUAUAUUUUCUUUCUAGAAGUGUGGGUUUUUUUCUUUUUCCUUUCAUGGCUGAAGUAACAAUGGUGCAAUUUUGGCACAUCUCUUGAGGAAACUUGUAUACUGUGAUGGUCCUUGGCAGGGUGUAGUAGGGGCUCUCCUUAAAUUGGUGCGGUGCAGGCAGGACAGUCAGAAUGUGCUGUGUUAGGGAGGAGGCUCUUGCCACACCAGUCAUGAUAAAUUAAAUGCUUGUGGUUUGCUUUAGCUUGAUUGUACUCUGCACAAGGCUUUUACAAAUGUACUCUCAGUGGCAUGCACAAACAUCAUUUGGCUGUUCAGAUGUUAUUUGCAUACCACUUUCAAACUGCAGAUGAUACUUAUGUCAUAUUUUUGGAACUGCUGGCCCAGGUUAUUCUUUCUCCUUUCUUAUUAUUGUUGUUACAGUUUCAGAAAACAAAUUCCCAACCUUA